CCAAAUUUAAUCUUUUGACACUCUGAUUUCCGAUUUCUUCAUCUCCGAUAAGACACUCUGAUUUCCGAUUCCUUCGAUUGGCUCUUUUGAGUUGGUAGUUUGAAUCUGCUCUUAGAUAUAUCGAAUCACUACAAAAGAUUUGGCUCCUUCUUCUUCGUCUAAGCCAUGAAUGAACUCCCAAGCGAUGUCCUAAUGAACAUUUUCUCAAGAGUUCCUGGAAAGUCAAUAGCUAGGUUUCGUUGCGUAUCAAAACUCUGGGAAUCCAUACUUAACCAUCCUGAUUUCUCCGAGUUUUACUUAGCUACAUCUCAUACUCGUCCACCUCUACUCUUCUUCACCUUAGAAGACAAAGACAACUUCUUCUUCUUCUCCUCACCUCACCCUCCACACGACGAGAACGCGUCCUCUCUUGUACCCUCCCGUUACCACAUUCACCAUAAGAACACUCCCACUACUCUUACAGCUUAUCUUGCUUCACCACUUUGUGGAUUCAUCUGUCAUCGUGAUUGGGGAAGUCAUGAUUCCUUGGUUGUUUGUAACCCACUCACUGGAGAGUCCAUACCCUUACCCAAAGUAAGUUUGAAGAGUAAUAAUACUCAGACAAGACCUUAUCUUGGGUACGAUCCGAUCGAGAAACAGUUGAAAGUGUUGUGCAUCAAGUCCGAUAACCUCCCGUAUCGGUGUGAUGAGCAUCAAGUCUUGACAUUGGCUGAGAAUGGAAAACGUUUGUGGAGAACGUUACAAUGCAAACCACAUUAUCCUAUAUCUGAUGGAAUAUGUAUAGAUGGUUCUUUGUAUUAUACAGCUGGGUUCGCUAUGCGGACAAGGGUUUAUGUAAUAGUGUGCUUCGAUGUUAGGUCUGAGGAGUUUAGCUUUAUCAACAUUGAUGAAAGCAUUUUGAUGACUACUUCUUGUACUUUGAUCAACUACAAGGGUAAAUUAGGUGCACUUCGGUUUACAUCUUUCUCUCCGAAGCGUUUUGAGUUAUUGGUUUUACAAGAUGCUGAGAAACAUGUAUGGUCCAGAGGUAUCUACACAUUGCCUCCUUUGCAGAAAAACAUAGAAAAGAAAACACAGUUAGUUAUCGUUGGUAUGACUGGUGGAGGUGAAGUUGUCUUGGCACCGGCUUGUCUGGUAGACGGAUUUUACGUUUAUUACUUCAACCUUGAGUUCAAGAGCCUCAGUGGAGUUGACAUACAAGGUUUUGGGAUUUCUAAGCGUACGAGAGUUUACACCUCUCUCGACUAUGCUGAGAAUUUGAAACUUAUGACCGAGUAUGCUAGAGGAGCCAACACAUUUUCUCCGCAAGGGACGCUGUUUCAAGUCGAGUCUGCCACUGAAGCUAGCAAGUUAUCAGAGCCAACUUGUCAAACAAAGAGAAAGCUUUUCAUGGCAAGGAAUUGCACGGAUUAUUCCACAGCCGAAUUGGUGGACACAUUCAUCUUUUAACUGAUGGGACUGCGACAAACAAUACAUCUACUAAGAUCUUCGAUAGGAUUUGCCUCCACUCUGAAAAAAUAUACCUAGGCAAAGCCAAGGAUCGUUAUUGGAAGUUCCAUCAUUUAAAAAGAUUUCUCUAAAUAACAUUUAACCACAGCAAAGUUGUAUUUAGUAUUGUAGUUAAAUUUAAUUUAUCAUUACAAUAAAAUGCUCUUUAUGGACUUAA